AUGCCUGCUCGUCUUGUGGUUCUGUAUGGUAUCGGUGGCUUGUCCGACGUUGGAAGGCAUGCCAUUUUGGCGGCCUUGGAGCAGCCAACCGUUGAGCACAUCACCGUCAUCACGGAAUACCCCGAGUUGCUCGACGAGGAAAACUGGGAAUGCAACUGUCAAGGAGGUCACACCAACCCGUCCAAAGAUCAUGCGUCCAAGAUUAAUGUGGUCAAGAUCGACAGUUGGCAGAAUCAACAAGACAAUCUAUCGCAACAUUUCCAGGGUUGUACUGGGGUGGUCUCUUGCCUGGGCCAUCGGCAACCUGGAGUGAAAUACCCUCAGCUAAUUGAAAGGGGCUUGGUAGCUGCUGCGGGCAGCCAACAAGUCAUUCAAGCCAUGAAGGAGGCCGAAGUAAAACGCGUCGUUGCCAUGUCCUCCAUGGGCAUGGGAGAGAACAUCCAUUGGGCCGGUAAGCUCAUGAAGAUAUUCUUUUGGACAAACACCCGCAAAGCCUACAAGGAUCUGCAAGAAAUGGAAAAACUCUACCAUGCUUCAGAUCUGGACUACUUGUUGAUCCGCCCCACCGGCUUGGGCGAAGAAGUCGUCCCUGUGGGUGAGUACUUUACACAGGAUAAAAAGGGCGUGGAUGUGGUUGGGUUGGAACUGGCCAAGAUGGACUGUGCCCGCUACAUGGUCGAAGAAGCACUGCAUCCAACGAGGAGUCACACUGGCAUAGUCGUCGGAAGUCGUCCAGCUUCAAAGGCAAACGAAAAGUAA